CAGCCAGUGAAUAUGAUUUUAUUGAUCCUACCUUUUACCCGACGGAAGAGGAUCGUAAUUCAAAGUCAUAUGUUGUUUGCCCAUCCGAAUUCCGAGAAAAGAUUCUAGAGUUGAUGCAGAAGCACUUCGAUAUGCACCCAUUAAUUCCUGUAGAUGUACAAGGAAAUACAAUGGAACCAGAAGCUAUUAAAAAAAGUGCUAUAGAGGAAAUGUAUAAGUUUUGUGUAGAGCAUGAAUUAAG